UUGGGUUUUGUGCUUUCAUUUCAUUAUUAGUUUAUUAUUACGCGUUCAAGUUCCAACAAGCACAAGCAUCAUCACGUCAGGUGCCACGUGUCCAUCAUUUUAUCAUUCAUUUUCCCUUGCACCGUCAACUUCUCCUUCUCUCUCUUUCCUUAACGGCGAAGCUCCCUCGGAAGGGCACCAUCGUCAUUUCAUCUCCAACAGUUUCCUGUUCUUCUCCCUUUAACUGCGUUAGAGAGAGAGGGGAAUCGAAUUCAGAGGUUGUUCCUGUUCUUGUUGCAAAAGGAUAAGAAGAAAAACAAACAUUAAGAUAUGGGGUUGCUGUCCAACAGAGUGAGUAGAGAGAGCUUGAAACCGGGAGAUCACAUCUAUUCAUGGAGGACUGCUUAUAUUUAUGCUCAUCACGGAAUUUUUGUUGGCGAUGACAAAGUCAUUCACUUCACUAGACGCGGGCAAGAAGUAGGAACUGGCACCGUGCUCGAUCUUCUCCUUGUUAGUUCAGGACCGGCUAGAUCUCGAGAAGCCUGCCCAACAUGCACAGGCACAGCACCCCAAGAGGGGCAUGGGGUGGUUGUCUCUUGCCUGAACUGCUUCUUAUCCGGUGGCGUCCUGUAUCGGUUCGAGUACGCUGUCACCCCUGCCCUCUUUCUUGCAAAAGCCCGCGGUGGAACAUGUACUCUUGCAGUAUCUGAUGACUAUGACAUUGUCGUCCAUCGAGCAAAGUUUCUGCUUGAAAAUGGAUUUGGCUGCUACAAUGUUUUCAAGAACAAUUGUGAAGACUUUGCCAUCUACUGCAAAACCGGCCUGCUAGUUGUCGAACAAGGAACUAUGGGACAGAGUGGCCAGGCAGUUUCCAUCAUAGGCGGACCUCUUGCUGCCGUUCUUUCCACGCCACUUCGGCUGGUAACUACCAAUGUUUACGGAAUGGCAGCGACAGCCAUCGGAGUUUACUGUGCGAGUAGAUAUGCUGCUGACAUCGGAAUGAGGAGAGAUGUGGUUAAGUUGCAAGUGGAAGACUUGACUAGAAGGUUGGCCACUGGGUUGCUUCAGGUUGUUGAACCACAAGUCCCUGUGGCUCUUGCACCUCCUCAAUCUUCUUCUCAGCCUCAAGUUCUUAGUCAUUGAUUAUAAGUGCUUGUUGUUGUCUUUGUUAAAAUAUUUUCUGUUAAGACUAUUCAAAAAAUGAUUCUCAUGUCCAUUUUUCAUUUCCAUCUUGGUGUGUAAGCAAAUACAAAUUUGAUUGAAAGACUCUAUAGUGAUGGAACUACAUGAAGUUAUACUUUUGUUUGUA